CUUGACGUGCAUCAGCGACUAGGAUGCCGGGGACUGAACUUUAUUAAACACCAAGAGAUCGUUAAUGAAGCCACGAUCUGGGUUGCAUGAAUCAAUCUAACGGGUACCGAAGACGCGGGCACGCAUGAGUCGAUGUUGGAAUUUGAUUUGCUCCAUUUGGAACUCGCAUAUGCCGGGUUGACGUAUGCAACUGCGGCAAAAUGCUCGUCUGCAAACCCACAAGAGGGUCGUUGCAGUGAUGUAGUAAUGUACAUAUCCAUCAUCCACCCUUGCGCCCACCACCAUAGGCCAAGGCGUCUAAGGACUGUUAGUAUCUGGACAUUCCGUCUUGCCGGCCUGAUAGCCAGCCUUACGCCAAUAUGCAUUAUCCAGCCCAUCAUGACACAUUACUCGUAAACCGUGGACGCCGAACUCAUAGGGAUAUCUCGUGCUGUAAAGAAAGAAUAGGG